UUCCUUUCGGCGACGUAAUACAAUUUCAAAAAUCUAAAAAAAAGAAAUCAGAAUCUUUAUCACAUUUUUAUAGAUAAUUUUUAAUAUCUUAGUCCAAUUUUAAUUUUUUUACUGACUCAUCCGCCAAGAGGAGUAACUUUGUUCCUUUAUAAGCGAUAGGACGGGUAUCAGAUGGUAUCUUCCAUAGAAUUAAACCGGGGUAGUCCUACGAUAGGUAGUAGCUCGAACAAUGGAGAAAAACCCGAGGAUUCUAAGCCAGAUAAUGGAGGUGGCGAAUGCAACUUCGUCCCAGCAGAUAAAUCUGAGCACGAUUUGGUUUUAUUUGAAGUAGGCGAUCCAACCAAUCCAUUCAAUUAUAGUAGCCCUAGGAAAUGGUUUAUAUUCACGAUGAUAGCGCUCAAUACUUGGUGGCUUAUCUGUGGAAGUACAGUAUUCGUACCAGCGACUGAAACCAUACAAGAAGAGUUUGGCACAAGUUCGAUAGUUAUGAAAAUACCAAUUGCCACGUACCUGAUUGGCUACUCAAUUGGUCCAGUUUUUUUGAUAUCAUUAAGCGAAGAUUAUGGACGCAAAUUAGUCGCAAUUCCCUCGUUGUUUCUCUGUUACGUUUUCUUUAUUCCGCAGGCGUUAUCGCAUAAUGUAGAAACUAUAGCAGUAUGCAGAUUUCUUUCGGGAUUUUUUGGUUCACCAAUGUUGAAUUUCGUAGCUGGAGUUCCAGAUCUAUGGCGUGGAGAAACUGCUGGUUUAUGGGCGGUUAAUAUAUGGGCAUUUAGCUGCGAAGCAUUAAUGUUAGGCUCAAUUAUUGGUGCGUACGUCUUGGACAAUUUGGGCUGGAGGUGGACGUUUUGGAUCCAAAUUAUCGUUGGUGCACCACUCGCACUUAUAUAUGCAAUUUUUGUUCCAGAGACUCGCGGAUCCGUCAUUUUGAUCAACAGAACUAAGAAGAUACGUAAAAAAGAAAACCCUAACGCCUGGACCAUUUAUGAGGGUGACAAGAAAGAUCUCAAAACUUUUCUCAGAGAGGUAGUUUUCAGGCCAGUAGCGAUGUUGUUCACUGAACCAAUCAUAUUCUUUUUCAGCUUAUACGAUGGUAUGAAUUAUGGAUUGAUUUAUCUACUGAUAGAAUCUAUGCCGUUAGUAUUUGCACAAUUUGGCAUUGAAGCACCAAAUAAUUCACUUCUAUAUUUAUCAAUCCUGAUUGGAAACUUGAUAGCAGUACCUUGUUAUUAUUUUCAAUUGAAAGCACAAGAUUACUACACAAAAAAGCAUGGCGCAUAUACACCAGAGAUGAAGCUAAUGUGGGGUUUCAUAGCUGCGGUAUGCUUCCCACUAUCAUUGUACUGGUACGCCUUUACUGGUCGGCCAGGAUAUAACUAUUGGUUACCAUUAGUCGGCGUUGGAAUAUUCGGAUUCGCUUCUCAUAUACUCUUCAUUUUCGUUAGUGACUACACUAUUGAAUCAUAUGCUAGUCUGGCUAGCUCUGCCGUCACUGGUCAAUCAUUCUGUAGAGAGAUAAUAGCCGGUAUAUGUGCACUCAUUACUCAUCUUUUCUACACAAACGUAGAUUAUAAAGUCGCAAGUGCUAUUUUAGGUGCAAUUGCAACAGUGUCGAUGCUUAUACCACCAGUUUUCUACUUCUAUGGUCCGCGAAUUAGAGCCGCUAGUAGAUACUCUCUUGAGCUGAAGAGAUUGGCGGAGGAAGAUCUCAAGAGAGAGGAAUGGAUAAGUGAGCGCUCUGCUAGACUUACGAGGGAACAUCAUCAGAACAUGGCGGCUGGGAGAGCCAGCUAUGAUAAUCAACAUCCAAACAAUACAACACAAUACAAAACUUAGACAGGAUAGGAAUCAUUAAUAUCAUAUUUAAUCAUCACUCAAUAUACAUUCUGUAACAUUAUAUUGCAAUACAUCUUCG